AUGCAAAUUGAUGGCUAUUUUUCUUUCAUCUCCAUUUCUAUUCAUAUGACUGCCUUCUUUGACAAACAAAAAACCGCCAAAUAUUCGAGAUGGCCGAUUUUUCUAAGGCGUCUGUUGCUUUCUUUCUUUCUUUCUGCCCUAGUUUAUUCAUAUCUAUCUAUCUAUCUAUCUAUCUAUCUAUCUAUCUAUAUAUAUAUAUAUACCAUUCUUUUCAUUAUCUAUCUAUCUUUGCCAGUCUUUUCCUUAUCUAUCUGUCUAUGUCAGUCUUUUCAUUAUCUAUCUAUCUAUGUCAGUAUUUUAAUUAUCUAUCUAUCUAUCUAUCUAUGUCAGUCUUUUCAUUAUCUAUCUAUCUAUCUAUCUAUCUAUGUCAGUCUUUUCAUUAUCUAUCAAUCUAUGUCAGUCUUUUCAUUAUCUAUAUAUCUAUCUAUCUAUGUCAGUCUUUUCAUUAUCUAUCUAUCUAUCUAUGUUAGUUUUUUUCAUCAUCUAUCUGUUUAUCUAUCUAUGUCAGUCUUUUUAUUAUCUAUCUAUCUAUCUAUCUAUCUAUGUCAGUAUUUUCAUUAUCUAUCUAUCUAUGUCAGUCUUUUCAUUAUCUAUUUAUCUAUCUAUCUAUCUAUCUAUGUCAGUCUUUUCAUUAUCUAUCUAUCUAUGUCAGUCUUUUCAUUAUCUAUCUAUCUAUCUAUCUAUCAAUCUAUCUACGCGGCUGUGUAUGUUACUGUGAACGCCCUCCCAUCAAUAUCGACGUAUGAAGAACCAACAGUUCCGUUUUAA